AUGAAGAACAAAAACAUAAACAGGGAGGCUGUUGAGGAAGAAACAAUACUGCUAGAACAGGAAACCAAAACACACAACAUCCUCCCGAUAAAUAUAAUACUCACUUUCAUAGUAAUAAUAGGAUUAUUUUAUCUAAUAGAUAGAAUAUUAAAAGUGGAAGCAAGAGGAGGGAUCAAACAUGCGUGUAUUGACCGAAACAUAGGUGAAAGCUAG